GUGGAGCAGUUUUGCAUAAGUUCGUGCGGCUUUCAUGGAAGCGUUGUAACAACAGCAACGAAGAGAAGAGUAGUCUAUGCACACGUCGGAGACCCUUUCAGGCAGUGCCCCGGCCUGUGUUCAAGGCCAUCUGCUCUUCCGGCUUAUGGUCCACCUGGUCAGGCAGCUCUGGUGGCUCCCAAUGGGGUUGGUACAGAUGGCAUCAUUAUGAGCCUCACAACAAUUCUUGCUGGAGCUGCGACAAACCCUUUCAACUCCGGGUACUUUCAAGGGGAUGUGUUGGCACCACUUGAGGCCGUCACAGCAUGUCCAAGGAUUUUCAGCCCCCGAGCUUAUCCAGGGUAUCUGGGUGACCUGAAAGUGGAUAAAAUUAGCAGGGCAAGCUAUAACGCUUAUGGCGUCAAUGGCCGAAAGUUCCUUCUUCCAGCUAUAUGGGACCCGGUGUAGACCAAUUGCAAGGUGGUUGCCUGAAAUUCAAAAUCAAUUUCAGUGAAGGAACCAAUUGCAAGCUAUAUGGGGUUGGUACAGCUGGCAUCAUUAUGAACCUCGCAACAAUUCUUGCUGGAGCUGCGACAAACCCUUUUAACUCCGGGUACUUUCAAGGGGAUGUGUUGGCACCACUUGAGGCUGUCACAGCAUGUCCAGCGAUUUUCGGCCCCCGAGCUUAUCCAGGGUAUCCAGGUGACCUGAGAGUGGAUAAAAUUAGCAGGGCAAGCUAUAACGCUUAUGGCGUCAAUGGCCGGAAGUUCCUUUUUCCAGCUAUAUGGGACCCGGUGCAGACCAAUUGCAAGGUGGUUGCCUGAAAUUCAAAAUCAAUUUCAGUGAAGGAACCAUAUGUAUAUGAAUAUAGCUUGUGUAUGCACAAACUUUCUAAAACAAAUACCAAUUGCAAAACAAAUAA